CUGAUCAAAGGGUAUCCAAGCUUCGUAUUGCUGUUGUGGCCAACUAUUGCUUCAUUUUCUGCUUGUUAACCAUGUUUUCCUCUGCAUAUUGACCAUAAUUAAUUUAUGAACCACAUACUUCCUUUCUGCCUGUCUGCCUGCCUGCUUCACGCAUUUGGUGUAAGUGAAGCACAACAGCCAACCAACACUUGAGUGACCACUAGCAAGGUCACGCAUUGAGCAAGACCCUGAAAAUGGAUUAUGAUGUGUAUAUUGACAUGCUUGCAAAUAUAUGUAUACUUUCUGUAGCCAACAGUUGCUCUUGGGAAUCGGAGAUGAGAGGAUUUACCACAAUGCUGCUGCUUAUGCUGCUGCGGCUGAUGCUCAUGUUGCAGCCCUUUGGUGAUUGCCUCGAAUUGACCAGCACUGAUUAUGCCAUCGUGAGCAAAGCAGCUGUGGCCACCACAACUCAGGCUGCACCACCCUCAGCUCUGCCACCUGUUCCACUAUUGUUACGUAAGGGUCGAGUGCAAACUACAACUCCCACGCCACGCACUCUCAAGCAUCCUUUGGGAGAUGUUGGUCAGAAGGAGCUGGUGGCUCUGUCCUCCAAAUCGUAUAUAUCGGGACCCACCACUCAGGCCUCUAAGUUGAGCAAGCGUGCUGGACUGGCGGGUUCCAAGAAGUUUCCAAAGGACACAACAAAUCGCAGCAGUGCAACUGUGGAGCGCAACAAACUGCAGCAUGAUGUGCCCGAUCAUGUGCCCGAUUCCUCUGGCUAUAUACCGCAACGUGUGGGACAUCCCGUGCACUUGACCUACGACUCAACUGGUGUUGAUUCGAGUGGUGCGCCAACAGGUACAGAUGGCAGUGGCUAUCACGUGGCUCCAUAUGAUGGCAAUAAAUGGCAUGAGGAAUACUGGGAACAGGAUUAUCAACAAUUUGGCCAUAAUGCCACCAGAGUUCAACACAUUGAAGCCGAAUGUCAAGAUGAUUACAUGAAGAUUCGCAUAGGUUUUAAUGGCUCAUUUAGUGGCUUGCUCUACUCAGCUGGUUACGCUUACGAUCCCGAUUGCAUGUACAUAAAUGGUUCAGGAAGGGAUUAUUAUGAAUUUUAUAUUCAAUUAAAUCGUUGUGGAACCUUGGGCAAGAAUUCACUGCAAGAAGAGAGUCGCAAAAAUCCUACUAAUUUUAUGUGGAAUACUGUAACUGUUCAAUAUAAUCCCUUAAUUGAGGAGGAAUAUGAUGAACAUUUCAAAGUCACUUGCGAGUACGGAUAUGAUUUCUGGAAAACAGUCACUUUUCCUUUUCUCGAUGUGGAAGUGGCCACUGGUAAUCCUGUGGUCUUUACCCUGAGCCCUCCAGAAUGCUAUAUGGAGAUACAAAACGGGUACGGCAUUGGCGGUCCUCGAGUCACUGGGCCAGUGCGCGUGGGUGAUCCUCUGACUCUGAUCAUUUACAUGAGAAGUAAAUAUGAUGGUUUCGACAUCGUGGUCAAUGAUUGUUAUGCCCAUAAUGGAGCCAAUAAGCGCAUACAGCUCAUCGAUCAUCAAGGUUGUCCUGUGGACGAUAAACUUAUUUCCCGGUUUAGAGGUUCCUGGUCGGAUUCGGGUGUAUAUGAGACACAAGUGUAUGCUUACAUGAAGACAUUCCGAUUCACAGGUUCACCGGCUCUUUAUAUUGAGUGCGAUGUUCGCAUGUGUCAUGGACGUUGUCCCAGCCAGCCCUGCCAUUGGCGAAAUCUGAAGGCGGUUACCAAGCGUGACACCUCCAAUAAGACAGCCACAAAUAUUUCUGUGCCUCCACACUCAGACGCUCUCGCAGAGGCGGGCACUUCAACAGAUAGUCCGGGUGGGCAGGCAUCCCUUUCCGAGAACGUCAAUCUCUUUCAAUCGCUACGUGUACUUCAAGAGGGCGAGAACGACGGUGAUGAUAUCUUCGCCCAUCGUCAAACAAAGCCCAUGCAAGCCCCCCAGACUUGCCUAAAGACCUCAACGUUUUCCGCUCUUACGGCAAGCUGCUCCGCCUUACUCUGCAUUCUUACAGUCACUUUGCUCAUUGCCUGCUCCCGCCUUAAGCGGCGCAAGGAGUCCACGCUCUAUGAUUCGUAUAUAGCUCACAAGGGCCAGAUCGAUUGAUCCGAAGGAAAUGUGUAUUUUUAAGAAGGUUUUGUAAAUAGUUUACCACAAAGUUCUAGGCCUAAGGAGUAUCUUUAGUUUAGCCGCUAAGUUUAUUUCCAAUGUCUGUUUGGGUUACAUUUAUAUUUUAUUUAUCCCAGUUUUUAAUUGGAUAAAUACAUGCGGUAUUUUUUUUUUUAA